GCUUCCUUACAUUUUAUGUCCCUGCUUCCUCGGCACUUACAGGACCCCAAGAGAAACCGGUUGUUCCAAUGGAGAGAUGUGGAUCUGAAGGGGGGCCUGGUCCAGCUGGAAUUUCCCUUGGCUUCCGAGCCUGCCUUAGGCACCUACAAAGUGGUGGUUCAGAAGGAUUCUGAAAGUAACGUUCAACAUUCUUUUACGGUGGAGGAAUACGUGUUGCCCAAGUUUGAAGUUGUCGUCAAGACCGCCCCAGUCAUAACAAUUCUGGACAAGGAACUGGAAGUCACCGCCUGCGGCAAGUACACCUAUGGGAAGCCAGUUCCUGGUUUAGUCAGAAUCAGGGUUUGCCGGAAAUUUUCCCACUUCAGAAGCUCGUGUUAUGGCGAAGAGUCCAAAGCUGUCUGUGAGGAAUUCAGUGGAGAGGCGGACAUUCACGGCUGCUUCUCUCACGUGGUGGAUCUGAAAAUAUUCCAAUUGAAGAGAAGUGGAUUUCAGAAUGAGAUCAACGCGGAGGGCACAAUCACAGAGGAGGGGACAGAGGUUGUGCUAACAGGCUCAGGUACCACGGAGAUAACUUCGGUGAACAGCACCGUUUCCUUUGAAAAUGUGGACAAUUACUACAAACCUGGACUUCCUCUCUCUGGGGAGCUUAAGCUUGAGGAUGGCAGAAGAAACCCAAUAACCAACAAGACCAUUAAGAUUCGAAUAUCAGGAGUACAGAACAGUUCCUACUUCACGACGGAUGAAAAUGGAAAAGCCCACUUUUCCAUAGAGACUUCCGGCUUCACAAGCGAUAACGUGCAGCUCACUGCAAGUUAUGCAGAAGUACCGCACUGUUACGAUUCAAACUGGGUCUUCCCUGAACAUCGGUCUGCCUACGUCACAGUAUCACGUUUCCAUUCUCCAAGUCAAAGCUACCUCAACAUUCAAAAGCUUCCUGGCAAACUAAAAUGCGGGCAAGAUGCGGUGAUCCCGGUCCAUUACAUUCUCAAUUCAGAGGUCAUAAAGGACAAAGAAGUUUUCUUUCACUACUUGGUGGUGUCCAGAGGGGAUAUUGUGAAGUCAGGUACACAUCCCUUGAAAGAAAAGCAUAAUAAAGGAACGUUCAACUUGGACCUCCCUGUGGAUAUCACGAUCGCUCCUCUGGCCCGCUUGCUCGUGUACACAAUUUUGGAUAACGGAGAACUCGUGGUGCACUCUGCCGAUUUCCCCGUGGAGCCCUGUUUCGCAAAUAAGGUGAGCCUGCGAUUUGCUGACCGCGAAGGCCUGCCCGGCAGCAGCAUCAACCUCCAUCUUGCCGCUGCCCAGAACUCCCUCUGUGCCAUCCACACGGUUGACGAGAGCGUCUUCCUUCUGAAGCCUGAAGCUGAACUUUCCCCUCAAACGGUUUACGAUCUGCUGCCUUUGACAGACAUCAGGGGCUACUACUACAGCGGUGAGAACUUGGAAGACCCAGACGCAAACCCCUGCGUGCCUCCCAAAAAGAUCAUUGUGGAUGGAAUUCGCUACCAGACCGACACCUAUUCUUACGAGGAAGGCGAUGCCUAUACAAUUCUCAAGGACAUUGGCUUCAAACCGUUUACAAGCACCCAGAUAUACAAGCCCAAUAUUUGCCACACCCGGGAUUACUAUCCAAUGGCAGGAGGCGUCCACGUGGGACGUCUGGCAUCAACAGAAGUUGCAGAAUUCAAAAUGGAGGACGCAAUCGCAAAUGCUGUGGAAACAACCAUCCGGAGCUACUUCCCAGAAACCUGGAUAUGGUCCUUAAAACAGCUUGGAUGCUCAAGCAAUCUGGGGAUACACCUGACUGAGUGUCCCUUUUUGGUUCUAGGGGAAGUCAACUUUACAAUAACAGCAGAGGCCCUGAAGUCCACCCAGCUCUGUGGGAACGAAAUUGCGGAAGUGCCUGCCAAAGGACAGAGGGACAUCGUGAUCAAAACCCUGCUAGUCGAGCCUGAAGGAAUCGAGACGGAAGUGGUCAUCAACAAGUUGCUAUGUGGAGCCAAAAACAACCAACCCACAACUAUUCCCUUAAAGGUCCCAGAGAACAUCGUGGAGAAAUCUGCCAGGGCUACCUUCUGUGUGUUGGGUGACAUCUUAGGCUCUGCCAUCCAGAACGUGCAUCAGCUUCUCCAGUUGCCUUCUGGCUGUGGGGAACAAAACAUCGCCCUUUUGGCCCCCAAUAUUUACAUCUUGGACUACCUGAACAAGACUGACCAGCUGACCGAGGAAACGAAGUCAAAGGCAAUUGGAUACUUAGUGGCUGGCUACCAGAGACAGUUGAACUACAAGCAUGCCGACGGUUCCUACAGCACCUUUGGGCAAAGUAGCAACCAGCCUGGAAAUACCUGGCUGACCGCUUUUGUGUUGAAGUGCUUUUCUCAAAUGAAGAGACACAUCCUUGUGGAGGAACGACACCUGAGCGACGCUGAGACCUUUCUGGCCUUAAAGCAGAAAGCAAAUGGCUGCUUCCAAGCCAGCGGGACCCUCCUGAACAAUGCGCUACAGGGCGGAGUUGACAGUGAGAUCACUUUGUCAGCCUACAUCACCAUCAGUUUGCUGGAGAUUCCCUUGCCUGUCACGCAUUCUGUCGUGCGAAAUGCUUUGUUUUGCCUGGAGACGGUGUCCCAGCAGAAAGACCUGCCUGUCUACACUCUGGCCUUGUUGGGGUACGCUUUCUCUUUGGCACACAAAGAGGACCAAGUGGCAACAAUACUGCAGAGCCUUCAGGAAAAGGCCGUGAAAGGAGACGAUGGCUCCAUUCACUGGGAGAGGCCCGUGAAGCCAGAGGCAAGCCAGCCUUUCUACUACCCGCCUCGUGCUCCUUCCGCCGAGGUGGAAACGGCCUCCUACGUACUCCUGACUUACCUGACCAGACGUCCCGCGCUACCAGAUGCAGCCUCCGCUAACAGAGCUCCGGCACCAUCCCAGGAUGAUCUGGCGGAGGCCACCAAGAUUGUGACCUGGCUUAUCAAACAACAGAAUCCUUACGGAGGAUUCUCCUCCACGCAGGACACCGUGGUGGCCCUCCAGGGCCUGGCCUUGUAUGCGGGUUUCACUUUUGCCAAGAACGCAGCCGGCAGCACAGUGAACUUGAAGUCAGGUGGGAACAACGUGAGGGAAUUCCAUGUGGACAACUCCAACAGGCUUCUGCUUCAGUGCCAGGCCCUGCCCAGUGUGCCUGGGGAGUAUACAACAGUUGUAACUGGGGAAAGUUGCAUCUACCUGCAGACUACCUUGAGGUACAAUGUGCUCCCACACCCGGAGGAAGCUCCAUUCGCGCUGACUGUCAGCACGAUUCCCGAGACGUGUGUUGGGGUCAAGGCCCACAAGGAAUUCGACAUUGCAGUAAAUGUCAGUUACGUCGGGAAGCGUUUGGCCUCUAACAUGGCGAUUGUUAAAGUCAAGAUAGUCUCUGGAUUUGCACCAAAUAAGCCCUCUGUAAGAAAGCUGAAAAAUCAGGGUCCGAUUCAGCGGGUGGAUGUAACAGCCAAUAGCGUGGAUCUGUAUUUGGAGAAGCUGACCAACACCACUGUGCAGUUCUCUUUCACGGUGGAACGAAGCGUUGAGAUCCAGAAUCAGCGUCCAGCCUUUGUGAAGGUGUACGACUAUUACGAUGAUGAAUCGGCAGUGGUUCCGUAUCACGCCCCCUGCAGUUCAGCUAAUGUUGGGAAUGCAUGAAGAACAGAAUAGCUCUCCACCAUCUCAGUCAAUCCCAUUGCUGCUUCCCCUGAUGAGAAAACAAGAGGCAGAAAACAGACAGCCAAAGACCCAAGAAGAAGAAUCCGGUGCUUUCUGGGUGCCUUACUUUUUAUCUACCACUUUCUGAGCCCCAAGGAAUUCGAGACGCGCCACUGGCUUCACCUUCUCUCCAUUUGGGUCUGGAAAAAAACCAAACAUCUGGCAUUUACUGUUGUCUUCUCUGAUGGUGGAAAGAACGAAACAAAUAAAUAAAUGUUUGGAUUCUA